GUCUAGACAUCAUUACCAUAUUCACAUUUCACACCCACCGCAGCAAAGAUGGAGGUCGUUACGGGCGCGAUUGGCAGCCUCCUGCCCAAGCUGGGCAACCUGCUCAAGGAGGAGUACGACCUGCAGAAGCGCGUGAGGGGCGAGAUCAUGUUCCUUGAAACCGAGUUGGAGAGCAUGGAGGCUGCCCUUCUCAAGAUCUCACAGGCACCAAUUGAUCAUCCACCAGAUAGCCAAGUCAAGCUUUGGGCAAGGGAUGUGAGAGAUCUGUCCUAUGAGCUCGAGGACAGCAUCGACAAAUUCAUGGUGCGCAUCGAUGGUGAUCCGAACAGGCCGCAAGGCUUCAAGGGCUUCAUAGACCGAUGCAUCACCCUGUUGACCAGGGCCAAUAUUCGCCACAAGAUCGGCACGGAGGUCAAGGAUAUCAAGAAACGCAUCGGGGAGGUCAGCAAGCGGCGAGAUAGGUACAAGGUUGACAAUAUUAUCGCCAAGCGUAUUGGUCCAACUAUUGAUAGCCUUCGCCUAUCAGCCUUGUACACCAAGGCCACGCAGCUCAUUGGCACUGAUGAGAAGAGCCAAUACAUAAUCAAGAAGCUGAUGGGGGCAGACGACGAAUCAGAUAAACAAAUGAAGAUUGUUUCUAUUGUUGGUUUUGGAGGAUUAGGAAAGACAACACUGGCUAAUGUUGUCUAUCAAAAGCUCAAAGAAAAAUUCGAUUGUGCAGCUUUUGUUUCGGUCUCUCAAAAUCCCAACAUGGAGAAGAUUUUCAAGAACUUGCUCGGUCAACUUGGCAACAACAACUGUGACGGUGUCAAUGAUGAAGGACGGCUCAUUGAGAAAAUAAGAGAACUCCUUGAAACAAAGAGGUACAUCAUUGUUAUUGAUGACAUAUGGGAUAUUCGUGUGUGGGAAAUAAUCAAACGUGCUCUCAUUGAGAAUGAAUACGGAGGUAGAAUAAUUACAACAACUCGUAUUCUUGAUGUGGCCAAACAAGUUGGCGGUGAUUACAAGCUAAGGCCACUUUCCUCUGUUGACUCAAGAAAGUUGUUCAACCAACGAACAUUUGGUGUUCAAGACAGGUAUCCUCCUAACCAACGUGCUCUUGACAUAUCAGAGCAAAUUUUAAGGAAAUGUGGGGGAGUACCAUUAGCCAUUAUUACAAUAGCUAGUAUGUUGGCUAGUAAGAAGGAAGAAGAAUAUACCCAUCAGUAUUGGUCCCUUGUGUACGAGUCUAUGGGUUCAGGGCUAGAAAAUAGUUAUGAUGCUUUGAAGGACAUGCGGAGGAUAUUAUCAGUUAGUUACUAUGACCUACCAGCACAUCUGAAGACCUGUUUAUUGUAUUUAAGUUUGUAUCCUGAGGAUUAUAAGAUUAAAAUCAAAGAAUUGGUAUGGAGAUGGGUAGGUGAAGGUUUUAUUCAUGCCAAACAGGGGAAGAGCUUGUAUGAAGUAGGAGAAGAUUACUUCCAUGAGCUGAUUAACAAAAGCUUGAUCCAACCACUUGAUAUUGAUGGUGGUAAUAUGGCAAUGUCUUGUCGUAUACAUGAUAUGGUGUUCGAUCUCAUCACUUUCUUGUCAAUUGAGGAGAAUUUCCAAACACCAAUUGGUGGUCAGCAGCCUGUAUUAACACCACGUAAGAUCCGUCGAGUCUCCUUCCAUGCAAGCGAGCAUAAGGGUAUAAGGCAGCCGUCAAACAUGAGCUUGUCCCAUGUGAGGUCAGUUAUUGUGUUCAAUCAAGCUUUCAGUCCAUUGUUAGAAAUUUCGGCUUUUCCAGUCUUACGUGUACUGGAUGUAAGUGGUUGUGAGCAAGUAAAGAAUCAUCAUUGUAAAGAUAUUUUCAGUUUGUUACAUCUGAGAUAUUUGAGGCUACAAGGGACAUCUAUCACUGAGAUCCCAAAGGAGAUUGGGAAUUUAAGGUUUCUGCAAGUACUGGACAUAAGUGAAACUGACCUAGUAAAGCAGCUGCCAUCAACCUUCAGUCUACUAACAAAGCUGGUGUUGCUUGACAUGCUUAAUAGCAUCCUCUGUGAAGUGCCAAGAUGGAUGUCCUCGCUACUUUCCCUGUCAUCCCUGAGUAUUACAUUAGGAACACUGCGAGAUGAGUACAUUCAGGUCCUUGGGAGCAUACCAUCUCUCAAUGAACUCUUCAUUCAGGUGGAGAAACCCAUGCAAGGUAGAAAUAAAAGGUUUGUAAUUGACGGUGCUUCUCCAUUCCCGUGUCUCAGGAGGUUCACUAUCAGGAGUUGCCACACAGAAAUGGAUUUAUUAUUUGCACACGGAGCCAUGGAAAAUCUCCAGAAACUUGAGUUACAACUUGGACCGCUCAAGACAACUGAAUUUGUUGACUUUGACUUCGGUAUGGAGAACCUGUCUUCACUAGAGUAUGUCUCGAAUGGGAUGAUCUACUACGAUGAGCAGAGACAGCAAGCUUUGGACACUGCAGUUCAGAAAGCGCUGGAUAUGAAUCCCAACAAACCCAAAAUGAUAAGGCCGGAGAUAGAGAUGGUCCUCAAGCUAGACGUCGGCUCAAGCAAAGACCCUAUGAGAGCCAUCAAAGUGGCCUCUGGAAUUACCGGUAUGAAGUCUGCCACUAUCCUGGGCACUGACAGGAACCUUCUUCUGGUGAUCGGCAAUAUCGAUUGGACUGACAUCAUCCAGAAGCUGCGGCAGAACGUGUGUUGCACGGAAGUGCUGGAAGAUAUGAUCCAUUUCGAGCGCAAACCGAAUCUUUCCAAAAAACUGGACAUUAGUCAAGCUGAACUAGUAAAGCAGGUGCCAUCAACCUUUGUUCAGCUAACCGAGCUUAUGUUACUUGACAUGCUUAACAACAUCGUCUGUGAAGUGCCAACAUUGAUGUCCUCGCUAUCUUCCAUGUCAUCCCUGAGUAUCACAGUAGGAACGUUGCGAGAUGAGUACAUUCAAGUCCUCGGGAGCAUACCAUCUCUCAGUGAACUCUACAUUCAGGUGGAGCAACCCAUGCAAAGCAGAAAUAAGAGAUUGGUAAUUGACCAUACCUCUAAAUUUCUUUGUCUCAGGAGAUUAACUAUCAGGAGUCCCAAAUCAGAAAUGGAGUUAUUAUUUGCACACGGAGCCAUGGAAAAUCUCCAGAAACUUGAGUUACAAUUUGGACCAUUGAAGACAACUGAAUUUAUUGACUUUGACUUUGGCAUCGAGAACCUGUCUUCGCUACGGUAUGUCUUGAAUGGGAUCAUCUACUAUGACAAGCAGAGUCAGCGAUCUUUGGACUCUGCAGUUCGUAGAGCGCUAGAUAAGAAUCCCAGCAAGCCCAGAAUGAUAAGGCCGAAGAUAGAGAUGUUUCUCAGGAUGGACGUCAGCUCCAGCAAAGACUAUAGGAGAGCUAUGCACGUGGUUUGUGCAUGUAGUGGGAUGGAGUCUAUCGUUCCGCGUGAGAGUGACAAGAACCUGCUUCAGGUGAUCGGCGAUUUCAAUUGGACCAACGUCGUCGAGAAGCUGCGUCGGAAGGUGUGUGCCACCCGGGUGCUACAACUUGCACAUCUUCACAAAGUGGAUGGUCGUUAUGUACGUGGCACAAGACUCUGCUCAAUCAUCCUCAGGCAAGCAUAGAUGGAGGCUGAGGCAGUGAGGCCGAGUCUGAGGCCAGAAAGGAUUAGUGGACCGGAGUGGACCACCUUGCAAAGUCGAACAGAGCAGGAGCAGAGUGUUGUUAAGUAUUCCCUCACGUUAGCCGCCAGUCGGCGGAUUUUGGGCCAGAAAUUGGUUGUUGGAUGAUUAUCCAACGUCCAGAAACCCCUCUAGCAAACUUUUUGCGUUUUGCCGCUCGUAGUUUGCGAAUAAAACACGCAAUCCUAAUUUCCUCAGUUAAAACUAAGAGACAUAUCGUUUUGGGUC